UAAACAUCUGGGACAUUCCAUCUUGAGAAUUGACCGUGUCACAGCUUUCAAUCUUCCUUCUCUUCUAAUACUACAUACAUCGGGUUUACAAUGAGUCUCAAGUUCUACUACAAAACAUACUCAACAGCUGAUAUAACCGUCGCGGUCCUAGCUGAGCUGGAACAUGGAUUGUCUGAGCCUAUCGCGGAGAGAAUUGAGGUUGACCUCCAAAAGGGAAAAAGCCGCACGCCUGAGUAUCUUAAGGGUGUAAACCCUAAUGGACUUGUUCCGGCUAUAGUCCACGAUGGCGUAAGCAUUUGGGAAGCUUCUGCUAUCACUAUGUACCUCGGUGAAACCUUCGGAGUGGAGCGUCCUCCUAAUAAUAAAGAAGCGCCUGUGCUCUAUCCCCCUCCCGGCACCUCCCGUGGAAAGGCUAUGACGUGGAUUGUCUGGUCAAGCACUGAACUUGGGAAAAAAGGCAUUGCGCUUGGAGAAAGUCAGGCUUCUAAGUCAAAGGCUCAGUUGGAUAAGGCAGUAAGCGAGCUUAAUGAGAAAGUUCGCAUUCUGGAUAAUUCUCUAUAUGACCAGGAUUAUAUCCUUGGGGACUGGUACUCGAUUGUUGACACGCAUCUCUGGGCUAGUGUCAAGUGGUUGACUUAUAUGGGGUUGGACCUGGCUGCAUUCCCUGCCCUGGCGGCCUGGAAAAAGAAGAUUGAACAGAGACCGGCUAUUCAGCAGCUGCAACAGCAGUAAACUCUUAGUUGGUAAACUCGCUACUCAGGUCUACGAACAAUGGAGCCCAUGUUUAAUAUACUCCGGAUCACAGAACUCCGUGGACGAAAUUCAAUUGUCUCUUCGCUUGCAG